AUGCGCCAGCCGGGCUUCUUCUCGUUCAAAUGGCAAGAGCUGCAAGAGCUCUUCGACGAUUGGGGCAACUUCGAGGCCCUGUCGAAAUUGGGUGGCGUUCCGGCCAUCGUGAAGGGGCUGCACGUGGACAUCAAGAAGGGCAUCAUCGAUGACCCUCGAGACCGAGCCGAAGCCUUCGGCCCCAACACCUACCCCGAGCGCAAGCACACCGGCUUCUUCAUGCUGAUGUGGGAGGCUCUGCAGGAUGUUACCCUCAUCAUUCUUUGCGUCGCGGCCGUGAUUUCGCUCGUUCUCGGCGUCGCCUUCCCCAACGAGGAAGAGGGCGAGACCAGAGCUACGGGUUGGAUCGAGGGCGCCUCCAUCUUGGCUGCCGUUUUCCUCGUCUCUUCGGUGACGGCCGGCAAUGAUUUCCUCAAGGACAGGCAAUUCAGGGCACUUGAAAAGGAGAAGGACAAUGACACUGUUCUGGUGGUGCGCGACGGCAAAAUCGUCCAACUCAAGGUGUUCGAUAUUGUUGUGGGCGACAUCAUCGUUCUCGAGCGAGGAAGUCGAAUCCCAGCAGACGGUCUCUGGGUUUCUGGCAAAGAACUCCAAGUCGAUCAGUCCAACUUGAACGGAGAGUCCAAGACUGUCGCAAGAAACGCGCAGCAUCCCUUCCUUCUGUCUGGCUGCACGAUCGCCGAUGGCGAGGCCCACAUGAUCGUGUGCGCAGUCGGCGUGAACUGCCAGUGGGGUCUCAUUUUGACCGCCCUCGAGCCCGAGGAUGACGAGACGCCUCUCCAGCAGGACCUCGGCGACCUCGCCACCAAGAUUGGUUGGCUCGGCCUUAUCUGCGCUAUUGCUAUUUUCAUCUGCCUCACCGUCUGGUGGGUCGUCAAGCGCUUCAUCCAGGGCGACCCUGAUGAUUUCCAGUGGACCAUGCUUGAGGACUUCAUUGGCUACUUCAUCGUGGCCGUGACCAUUCUUGUCGUGGCCGUGCCCGAGGACAACAACUUGGUUCGUCACUUGAAGGCGUGCGAGACCAUGGGUGGCGUUACCAACAUCUGCACGGACAAGACCGGAACCCUGACCGAGAACCGCAUGGCCGUCGUGCGCGGCUGGAUCGGCGGCAACGAGUUCGAGGGAGUCCCCAAGGUCUCCAACGACGCCCUGAGGCACCUUCUCACCCACGGCAUCUCCAUCAACUCCAAGGCUGUCGUGCGCCCCGCUCCUCACGGCUCCGGCUUUGAGUAUCUGGGCAACAAGACCGAGUGCGCUCUGCUCGUGCUCGUUCACAAGCUCGAUGAGGACUUCAACCAAAUCCGCGAGCAGUACCCGCUGGCCUACCAGGCCCCCUUCUCCUCGGAGAGGAAGCGCAUGACCUCCGUUGUCGGCGGUGAUGGCGCCUACAGAGUCUACACCAAGGGCGCGUCCGAGAUCAUCCUCGAGCGUUGCACGUCCGUCGUCACCGAUUCGGGCGACAUCAUCGACAUUGAGGACGAUAUGCGCCAGGAGCUCGUUCAGGCGCUCGAGACCUUUUCCGACGAAGCGCUGCGCACCCUGGUGCUGGCCUACCGCGAUCUCCCCUCGGACUGGUCGCCCGACAGCAUGACUGUUGGGGACAAGGAGGAAAACGAAAACGCCCUGGAACAGGAGCUCACCCUCAUCGCCAUCGUCGGUAUUGAGGAUCCUCUCCGUCCCGCUGUCAAGGAUGCCGUGCGCUCUUGCCAGAACGCCGGCGUGACCGUGCGCAUGGUGACGGGAGAUCUCCUCAACACCGCCAAGUCGAUCGCCAGGCAGUGCAACAUCCUGACCAAGGACGGUACUGCCAUGGAAGGCAAGGUCUUCAGAAAUUUGAGCGACCAGGAGGCCUACGCGGUCCUCCCCAAGCUCCAAGUCUUGGCCCGUUCCUCUCCUCAGGACAAGAAGCUCCUCGUGAAGCGCUUGAAGGCUAUGGGUGAAGUGGUGGCCGUCACUGGUGACGGCACCAACGACGCGCCUGCUCUCCGUAUGGCCCACGUGGGUCUGUCGAUGGGCAUUGAAGGCACCGGUGUGGCCAAGCAGGCCUCGGACAUCAUCAUUCUCGACGACAACUUCGCGUCGAUCGUCAAGUCAGUCAUGUGGGGACGAAACGUUCGCGAGAACAUCCAGAAGUUCCUCCAGUUCCAGCUUACCGUCAACUUGGUCGCUCUCGUGGUGGCCUUCGUCGCCGCCGUCACCGAUCAGGGCACUCCCUUGAAGGCUAUUCAGCUCCUCUGGGUGAAUCUUAUCAUGGACACCAUGGCUGCUCUUGCCCUCGGCACUGAAGCGCCUACCCCGGCUCUUCUCGACCGUCCUCCCGCGGGACGCAACUAUCCCCUCAUCUCCGCCACCAUGUGGAGGAACAUCAUCGGCCAGGGCGCCUACCAGCUUGUCGUCCUCUUUGGCAUUCUGUACCUCGGCGAGCACAUUCUCGAGCACGACGACGAGACCGUGAGGAACACUUUCCUCUUCAACUCUUUCGUGUUCUGCCAGGUGUUCAACGAAGUCAACGCCAGGAAGGUCGGCAAGUACGAGUGGAACGUGUUCAGUGGCCUCCACACCAACUGGAUUUUCAUUGCCAUCAUCGCCAUCACCGCCGUCGUCCAGGCCCUCAUCAUCGAGUUUGGCGGCGACGUCUUCAAGACCGAGCCCCUCUCUCUCGUCAACUGGGGCUACAGCAUUGCCAUCGGUGCCGGCUCGCUCAUCGUGGGCGCCAUCCUCCGACUCAUCCCCAUCCCCGACAUGUGGUGCUGCGCCAUCAAGGAUCGCUCCAUGCUUGUCGAGGACGAGGUCGAGGAGGACGAGGACAAUGCCAAGGCUACUUCUAGCCUAUUGCGAUCAGCAAGCUGA